GCAGUUUUUUGUGCCCAUCUACAUACAGAUGGUGACCCAGAUUUGGUAGGCUUUGUUAAGCCAUACAAACUUGUUCCUAAAUAGAACAAGGUUCCCUCUAAAAAUAAAAGGGGAGCUUACCACAAUGGGCUGGUGCUAAUACUAAUUGGAAAUAAUAGAAAGAAAUGGCUUUUCCCAUUGCUAUUAUAAACCUUUGUCUUCUUCUCCCCCUUUUCUAGUGCAACUAUGAAUAAUUGGAAUGGUGUCCCCUGUUUCACGAACUGUUUAUUAUCGGAGCUCAAGUUCUUCAGCGAGAUCCUACAACAAACAGUGCUCAGGUCAUCGUUGACAACAAGACAGUGGAUCUACCUGUAGGCGGUCCUUAUACGAUAAAUGAUUGUCAUAAUGUAUUUGUUGGCGACAUUUGGAUCAUGGCAGGUCAAAGUAACAUGCGUGGUCAUGGAUUCCUAAAGAAUCCUUUCACCCAUCAACCUCUUUACCUCCCUUCCUUACCUCAUGUGUGCUUGUACGAUUCAACCGAGCAUUGGAGAAAAGCGUCUGAGCCUACUCAUCAACUAUUUGCGUCACCACGAGCUGUACAUAAUACCUUACCUGAUCCCACUGUGGCAAACCCACAGCUUUUACAGUUUAGAGGAGCCUCUCUCGGCCUAGCUUUUGCUCAAGAAUAUCAAAAGCUGAAUGAGAAUGUUCCUGUUGGAUUAGUAGCCUGUGCUCACGGAGGCACUUCGCUUCAUGAUUGGCAACGACCUACCGAAAUAAACCAAAAUACGGUCCAGACAACACUGUAUGGCGCCAUGAUUGAUAAAAUUCGUGCGGUUGGAAGCCACAUUGCUGGUGUACUCUGGUAUCAAGGGGAAUCGGACGCAGUCAGCCUUGAGCUAUCAAGAACCUACGAGGAAAGGUUCCAACUCUGGCUUGAUCUUUUACGAUCAGAUACGCGUUCGGACCUACCAAUCGCCUUUGUCCAGAUCGGUACUCAUCGUCUUGAUCGAGAAGAGGCGGUGAAGGGGUGGCGAAAUGUGCAAGAAUGCCAAUGGAAACUGUUUGGAUACAAAUCGACUACAGCAGGGGUUGCAAGUCUAGACUGUUCCUUGGAUGACAGGGUGCAUCUCUCUGCUUCUGGACUGCAGACAGUUGGACGACGUUUGGCACGGGCAGCGAUCCAAGCGAUGCAAAAGAAAGCAGAGUUAGCCACGCCGAUAUGUGAAUCUGCAACAUAUGAGCAGGUUGAUCUCAUUUCGACCUCGGUGUACUCUAUUAGGCUUUCGUUCAGCCAAAUGGAUGAUGAAUGGGACGAUCAAAAAAGUGUGCAAGGGUUUGAAAUUGAAAACUGUGCGAAUGGCACUAGUAUUAUUGACGCAAAAAUAGAAGGUAAGGACAUUCGAUUGUAUCUUUCGCACAAACCUACUGCGACAGGGGCGAUAUAUGUAAAAUAUGGCAUGAGUUCUCAGCUAUCACCAAACCUUGUCACAAAGCGUGGCUCUGCUUUGCCUGCUUUUAAGAAACUUCCAGUAAAUAAUAAUAAAUGA